AUGUUAAGUCUGCAUUGCUUAGACAGAAACUGCAAAGCCGCCUACACCGGUCUAUUGUUAUUGAUAAUGACAGCUGUAGGCCUUAGUUCUGACCUAAGCACCAAGUGGCCGUGGGGCUGCCGACGAGGAGCGCGGGGCGGACUUCAAACAACAGGGCUGAGCAUGGAAGAGCAAGAAAAGAAAUUGAAUUUGGAACUAGGGCGCGGCUGCGAUCGGAUUGCACGCGAGGAGGUGAAGUUUGGCCAAGCACCAAGGCGGCCCGCUCAAUCGCCAACAACACCAACACCACCCUCGUCGGUCUCCGUUGUACAAGCCGAGGAGUUGGAGUGCAUCUGGAGACACUCGAUCCAUUUGCCUCUUCAGCAAUGGCUGCUCACCUCCACAGUCAGCAGCACACCGAUAUGCUUUGUAGAUGAUGAGCACAUCCACAUGAAACAAAACAGAACAGCUGAAAGAUUGCCACCAAAGACAGGGUCUAAGCCUGAGGGGAUGGCGGUACGGCGAGUGCAGCAGGGUUGUAUAACCGUAGCUAAUCCUUCAAGAACACAGCUUCUGAGCACGGAGAUAUUGACACCUACUAGACCAAGACCGUUUUCAAUUGAAGGUACCCCUGCAGUCCACAAGAUUAUGGUUAUUGAUGAGGCCUUCCCUCUCAACAAGUCUACCAAAGUCACAGCCCUCGUAAAUAGUGAGCAUUUCAUCACUAAGUUCUCUGAAAGCGUCUCUGUAGAUAUCAACAACACCGCCGUUACCUUCAUUGACAUGCGCAAAGCCCGGAAGCCUAAGCAACCCAAGCGCCUUUUCGUUAUCUCAACCAACCAAAAGAAAGAAAAUCCGCUGAUAUUCAGCCCACAUAGUAAGGUACUCCAACGUAUAACCUAUGAGACUACAUGGGUUCAGGCUGAGCGUGAGUAUCUUGCUAGCUUACUCCGCGACUACCUUGAUGCUUCUGUCACUGAGCUUAUAGAGCGCUCUAACUACAGGUUCAGCAGGGUUUCCGAGGAGAAUUAUAAGGAAGGCGCUGCGAAGAAAGUUGCCGAGCAUCAUGAAGGUCGUACCAUUGAGCUGAAAAGACGACGAAGAAAAGGAAGGCCGAGGACGGAGAUAACAACGCGAAGGAUUCCGAAAAUCAGCAAGAGCUUUCACCGACUGAACCGCCUCCGAAUCCCAGAUGGCGCAGCCGAAACUGAGGCUCUCAAGCCCAAGCGCCCUGCAAAGUCACCACGUCUCACGAGCCCAAGAAGAAUACCGAGCCUCGCAAGAAUGCUGAGCCAAAUGCUAACAAAGCCACUAAACCCUGCAAGAAGGCAGGGGCCAAGAAGCCAAGGGCUAGUAAACCGAACGAGAUUGAAGAAUUCAUCUCUCUUCAACGGAAACCCCAUCCCCAUCCCCUCUACCCGGAGAGUCCAAGCUUUCCACAUAAUCCCGAGCGAACCGGAGCAUAUGAUCCGAAUGGGGGUUGUCCCCGCGACUGAUCCCGAAUGGGAGAAAGAAUCACUAACUCCGUCGCAAACCCUAGAGGAGCCCGUCCACUCAGAUGCUUUUCAAGCUUUUGUUCAAGGCGAGGAGGUUUUUGUCCAAGAACAGAACCCGGUGGCGGAGCCCCCCAUUCCGGGUCCAGGAUACGGAUGGCGCUCCACGGGUAGGUAUUUGAGAUCCCUGACGCUGAACAGUAAAUUUAUAGUCGAGAGUACCAGCACAUUGGCACUUGACGAGGAACUUUUCGAACUGGACCUAGAGACAGAUAUCGAGCAGUUUUACAACCCUGUCGAGCAAGCCGCAUCCAGAGAAACUCGACCCCCGAAAGAGUACGAGGCUGAACAUGAGGAGUACGCGCAAGUCCUGCCUCUGAUUAUGUCUCAGAAAUCCUUGCGACAGGAAAAGAGGUGCUUGAAGAUGUUGACUGGUGAAGCGGAUGGUGGUGAGUUGAUAACUCAUAAAGAAGGGAAAUCUGUAAAGUGGCAGAUACUGAUUGACAUGCCCAACAAGUUUGCAGCAGCACUCAUGUUCCGAGUGUAUAAUUCCCGUUAUAUGUAUUCUUGGUUCUUGGGGCCAAUAAGUCUGGGAGGUGGCUAG